AUGGCUACAGUCCGUAUAUGCGUCUGCGGAGAUGAGGGCACCGGAAAAUCCAGCUUGAUCACUUCGCUGGUAAAGGACGUCUUCGUAACCAACAAAAUCCAAUCAGUCCUGCCUCAAAUCACUAUACCACCGAGCAUUGGGACCCCAGAAAAUGUCACGACCACGAUUGUCGAUACCUCUGCCCUCCCCCAGGAGCGGAAUACCUUGCGGAAGGAGUUACGGAAGUCGAAUGUCAUACUACUGGUAUACUCGGACCACUACAGUUAUGAGCGGGUUGCAUUGUUCUGGAUGCCCUACUUCCGCUCCCUUGGAGUCAACGUACCCGUUGUGUUAUGCGCGAAUAAGUCGGAUUUGACUACGACGGGGAACACGACGCAGGUGAUGGAGGAUGAGAUGAUGCCCGUCAUGGCGGAAUUUAAGGAGAUAGAUUCCUGCAUUCGGACGAGCGCCCGGGAACAUCACAAUGUUAACGAGGUUUUCUUCCUCUGCCAGAAGGCGGUUACACAUCCAAUCGCUCCUCUUUUUGAUUCUAAGGAAGGGAAUCUAAAGCCGGCAGCUGUAGCUGCUUUGAAACGCAUAUUCUACCUCUCAGACAAGGACCAGGACGGAUAUUUGAAUGAUCAAGAGAUGCAUGCAUUUCAAGAAAAAUGCUUCGAGAAACAAUUAUCCGACGAGGAUCUCGAAAACAUCAAGCUUUCAAUAAGUAAAGCUUUCCCAAUGUCAGAUCUGGAAAGAGGUAUUGACCAGAACGGCUUCAUUCAUCUCAAUAAGAUGUUUGCGGAGAAGGGCAGGCAUGAGACCAUCUGGAUCAUUCUGCGGACACAUCAUUACACGGAUAGUCUGAGCUUGAAAGAUAGCUUCCUCCAUCCUAAGUUCGAGAUUCCAGAAUUUGCCUCUGCUGAACUCAGCCCUGCUGGGUACAGGUUCUUUGUCGACCUCUUCUUGCUGUUUGACAAAGAUAACGAUGGAGGUCUAAACGACUCGGAACUUGAUGCUCUUUUUGCGCCUACUCCCAGUCUACCACCUUUCUGGGUAGAAACCUCAUUCCCUUCCUCCACAGUUCAUAAUGAAGCUGGAUAUAUUACCCUGCAAGGUUGGCUUGCGCAGUGGUCAAUGACUACCUUUGUCUCACCGACCACUACUCUAGCCUAUCUGGCUUAUCUUGGCUUUGAGCCUUCAAGCCCCCGAGCAUCGACGACAUCGGCUCUUAAAACCACCAAGCCUCGCAAACGGCGACGGCGCCUUGGCCGUGUAGAGCGGAACGUAGUUCUCUGCUAUGUUUUGGGAGCUCCAUCCUCCGGGAAAUCAUCUCUUCUAGACGCAUUCCUCAACCGACCUUUUGACUCACUCUAUCGUCCAACAAUUAAGCCUCGCACUGCUGUAAAUAGUGUUGAACUACAAGGCGGCAAGCAAUGCUACUUAAUCUUGGAGGAGCUUGGUGAACUCGAGCCCGCCAUUCUUGAGAAUCGCGCAAAACUAGAUGCAUGCGAUUUAAUAUGCUACACUUACGACUCCUCCGAUCCCGACUCCUUUUCCCACAUUGUGUCGUUACGAGAGAAGUAUCCUCACCUCGAUGAUCUCCCAGCUAUAUAUACCGCCUUGAAAGCGGAUCAGGAUAAGACGACGCAGAGGUCAGAAAUGCAACCGGAUCAGUACACCAUGAGUCUAAAUAUGAAUGCACCACUACAUGUUAGUGUUACAUGGAACAGCAUCAGCGAGCUUUUCGUGGCGCUAGCAGAGGCGGCCACCAACCCAAGCCUGGCAUUCCCAAAGAGCGAGGAAGAAGCUCCAGAUCGGACGGGGAUGUAUAUUGCCCUCGGGGCGACAGUGUGUGCAGCGGUUGCUGCGUUGAUGAUAUAUAAGAGAACGGCGAAUGCGGGGUGA